AUGGCUGGCCCAGCGGGAGAGGGAGGAGGGCCGGGUCCUGGCCAGGACGGAGCCGCGCCAGCCGCUCAGGCCUAUCGCAGCAGCUCAAAGCGAAUCACCCCGAGGCCGCCGCUCCAGAAACCCAGGCAGCUCUGGCUCCCGGCUCCUGGCUUCUCCGCCCGCUGGGAGGCUCUCACAUUCCUCUGCAGAUCUGCUCCUUCCUCCUUCCUCUUCCUCCUCCUGAGCCACUGGGCUUUCAAAAAACCAGAAAAUCCAAGAGGAGCAUGGAGAAAACAGCAGCCUCUUGAAUCCAGUCCAAGGGUGGAUGUGUCCGGCUUCACAACGAGCCGGGCGGGGGGGAAACAAGCGCUGAGGCUUACACAACAGGCCGCCACCUCGGCGACCCCGGCGCCCUCCCCGCCCGAGCGCCGACUCCGAGGACGGAGGGGGCGCGACGAGGCGCCCCGGCACUUCUGGCCACCAGCUGAGCGGCCUCUUUUGUCCGCCCGGCUCCUCAGCACUUGCGGGCCCGCUCGGAGUCCGAGCCCGGCCCGGGGUCGCCCCGCCGCGGGAGUCCGAGGGCGCGCCCCGGGGCCGGCAGUGCGCGGGGUCGGCUGGCGCUCCGGGUCCGCGCGGCCGGGGUCUCGGGGCGCGGCGGGGCCACUGCCCGGCCCGUGCCCCCGCCCGCCUCCGCGUCGCGCGCCCGCGGCCCCUCGGCGCCGCCAGCGAGGACCCAGCUCCAAAACAACAGAGAAAAGGGAUUCCGGGAGGCGGCGUCCGGAGAGAGGAGGGAAGAGCCGAGGGGGCGGCGCGGGGUGGGGAGAGGCGGGAGGGAGGAGCGGCGGCCGGGACUCGGGCGAACUCCGCGGCGCUUCGGCCCGGCUCCGCCCCGCCCGCCGGCCCCCGCGCCCGCCCCGACCCGCCGAGGUUAGCGGCCCGAGCGCCUGGAGCACCCACCCCGCGGGGGCCCCUCGCCCGAGCGCCCGGAGCACCCCCACCCCGCGGGGACCCCCUCCCCCCCGGCCCCCCGCGCUCGCACUCGCUCCCCGACCCGCCGAGGUUAGGGGCCCGAGCCUCCAGGAGCCCCCCGCGCGGGGACCCCUCGCCGGGGCGCCUAGAGUCCCCCCCGCCGCCGCCUCGCCCCCGGGGCUCCGUCACCCGCCGCCUUCCCCUCGACGCAGUGGAGGAAAAGUCCGAAAGUUUGCAAAGUGAGGGCUGGCGGGGAGGCCGCGGCGGCCGAGCCCCAGGGAGGGGCCGAGGGAGGGCGCCCGGACCGCCGCCGCCGCCGCUCUCCCGUCCCCCGGCCCCUCCACCCCCACUCGGGCGAGACUGGGCGAAACUGGGCCGGGGCGCAGCCUGGGGAUCGCUGCGGGGGCGGGCGGGGUGAGCUAGCCCCCGAGCUAGCAGCGCCCUCUGGGAAGAAGCUUGAGGCUCCGAUCCCGUAGCCACCAGGCUGGAAGCACCCCUGCCGCGGGAGACCUCCUUUGGAGGGAAGGACAAGACCCUAGAAGUCAGGAGAGGUAGGCAGCUAACUCCCUACUCAGCGGGACCAGUGCCACGAAAUGUGCCUGGGAGGGCACCUAUCCCAGCCUGGGUGGAGCAAGGACCAAGGAAGGCUUCCCGGAAG